AACAACGCACGCUCACACUUGCAUUUUGUACGAAUAGAGCGAAUACACAUUCGCGUCGCGUGUUCGUGGAAAAUUGUUUCCGAAUUGCAAUAAAAAAUUUGUUUUUCAUCUGCGUUGCUUAAAAGCAACCGGAAAUAAAUAAACUCUAGGAUAAACUGCAAGUGACGCUACAACAACGUUAUUGAUUUGCAUAGAAAAUCUACACGCCCCCUCAGCGUCGAGACGUUUAGAGAGUUCGUUUAGUUUUCGGUGUGCUCAUCGCGUGCUGUGAAAGUUGCAAGUAGACAACAACAAUAACUAAAAAAAAAAGGAGUAGCAGAACAGCAACUAAAGGGAGGCAAUAAUAGUGAGCGCCAGUGCAGUGUGUUGUCAAAGUAGCUGUUCCCCCCACUGUCGAUCGCUCGGUGAUCGGGUCUGCAUUUAGAGAGGACACGGUUCGGCCUACGACGACAAAUUUGAAUGGAUCCUUAUGUUGGCUGGUUUCAGGAGGAACAGGUGGGACCAGCGUAUUACACAUGGUUAAAAAUUUGGGAAACGAAUGCGCAAGAAAUGGGCGCACUCAUUGAGCAGCAGAUACAGCAGAGUAAUAAUAAUAAUAACAGCAGCGGUGGAAACGGCAACAGCAACAACAACGGAGGCAGCAGCAACAACAACAAUAACCAACAGGUGGUGGGCACAAGCAAUUCAAAUAAGCUUUUAAGCAACGGUCCUAUGAACAGCCUGCGUGAUCCCGACUCACUACAACUACUUCUUCUUCAGCAGUUUAACGGAACAGGGACGCGUCAAGGCAGCAGCAGCAGCAGUAGCAACAAUAAUAACAGCAAUAGUGGCGCUGGCAGCAACAUAAGCAGCGGCAAAAGCUCAAGCAAUACGUCGAUUGAUUCAACAUCGAACAACGACAAUAACUCACCAUCGAAUAGCAACAACGGCCAAGGCGUGACGGGCACAACGGCACCGACCACCACAUCGUCUGUGAAUACAUCAUCUGUCACAACGCCCACAACUUCAGGCGUGCCCGACAGCACAAGUGGUGGUGUUAAUUUCGUCGGCAAUCCGUUGAAUUCCCUGAGCAAGGUGCCCGUCCACGAGCGGACCAACUACUAUCAUCCGUCGCGUAGGAAACGUGUCGUCGACAACAAGGCGAGCACAUAUAAUCCGAACAAGCAUAUGGACAUGAUCUCGAAGCACAAAGGCUGCACGUGGCGCAAGCUCGACUUCGACUAUGCCGAUGGCAUACUGGGACUGCAUCAGGAAAUCGAGCAUUUCUAUGAGCACGUACAACCCACUCCCCUGGAGCAUUUCAUACGGAAUGAGGUCGUUAAGCGCAUCGAGUCUGUGGUGCACACGAUUUGGCCGCAAGCGGCUGUCGAGAUCUUUGGCUCCUUUCGUACUGGCCUAUUUUUGCCCACCUCCGAUAUUGAUCUCGUUGUACUGGGCCUUUGGGACAAACUGCCACUUCGCACCCUAGAAUACGAGCUGGUGUCGCGUGGCAUUGCGGAGGCGUGUACUGUGCGUGUGUUGGAUAAAGCAUCGGUGCCCAUAAUUAAAUUAACGGAUCGUGAGACUCAGGUGAAAGUCGACAUAUCGUUCAAUAUGCAGUCGGGCGUGCAAUCGGCCGAGCUGAUCAAGAAAUUUAAGCAAGAGUAUCCGGUGUUGGGCAAACUGGUGCUGGUGCUAAAGCAAUUUCUGUUACAGCGCGAUCUCAAUGAAGUGUUCACCGGUGGUAUAUCCUCGUACUCACUAAUACUCAUGUGCAUAAGUUUUCUGCAGUUACAUCCACGUUGCCUUUAUACAGACAGCACGAAUCUGGGCGUGCUGUUGCUAGAAUUUUUCGAGCUAUAUGGCCGCCGUUUUAACUAUAUGAAAAUUGGCAUUUCCAUUAAGAAUGGCGGCCGGUAUAUGCCCAAGGAUGAACUGCAACGGGACAUGGUCGAUGGCCAUCGUCCAUCGUUGUUAUGCAUUGAGGAUCCGUUGACGCCGGGCAAUGACAUUGGACGCAGCUCGUAUGGCGCUCUCCAGGUCAAGCAGGCAUUCCAUUAUGCCUAUAUGGUGUUGGACCAUGCAGUCAAUCCGCUGAAUCUGUGGGGUGCUGAUUCGCGUACAAACUCCAUACUGGGUCGCAUUAUACACAUUACCGACGACGUCAUCGACUAUCGCGAAUGGAUCCGUGAAAACUUUGGGCAUUUGGUCGUUGUUGAUCGCAUUUCGCCCCUACCUGCGUAUACAAACAGCGCUGCUGGCGCCAAAUACUUAAUUAUGGGUGCACUGACGCCAGCUACCUGCCAGCCAUUGUACCAUCCGCAUGCCGUACUCCAGCCCCAGGCGUUGGCAGCACAGCCUUAUCAUACGACGACGACGACGACAAUGGCGGUAACGACAACCACACCACAGCAGCAAACCCAGCAGCAGCAACAGCUGGGGAACAACAAUCUACGACAUAGACGUGGAAGCACUUCAUCUGGUGAUGACUCAGAGGAUAGCAAAGACUGCGACGUUGGAGACACACCGACGUCGACAACUGGCGCUUGUGAAAUCAUUGAGAUCAACGCGUCACCGCUCAAUGGUCUAUCUGGAGUGGUCGCCACACAAAGUGUGCUGGCGGCCGGAGGAGGAGCCAGCAACCCAUCGGGCUCGUCGCCACAAGACAUCGAUCAACUCAACGAGACGUCCCCUGCCUACAUCAUGCUUCUGGACGACAGUACAACAAACACCAACAACAGCAUUCUGAGCAGCAACGUUAUAACGAGCAGCAGUCAGGAAUUGGUUAACAGCGCAACAGGAGUGCCCGUGACGAUAGCCUCUUCGCCGGACUAUGCGACGCCGCCAUCGCCGCCACCACCUACCCACAUACCAGCGAUGCGCACUACAUAUGCCCAACAGACGACGACGCCGUUGCAGCAUCAGCGUAGCUUGUAUCCACAUCAUAUAUAUGUGCCGCCACCAAUGCAGCAACAGCAGCAGCUCUCCAAAAACAUCACCGAUUCGUACGCUAUUAGUGGUAGCAGUGUCAGUGGCACCAACAACUAUGCCGGUGCCACCACAACUUACAGCAAAUCGUCACGCUAUAGCAGCGGCGGAGGAGGGUCACAGCAUCGUCCAGGAACAUCCCAGCGCAGCUACUCGGGUGGUCAUCAUCAGCAACAACAUCUUACGCAGCAAAACAGCCAUCAUCAGCAUCAACGUCAGCAACAACAGCAUUUGCGUUUAUCCUCAAGCGGCAGCAAUAGCAGUAGCAACAACAAUAGCGGCAAUCAUCAGCAGCAGCAACAACAACAUCGUCAAUAUCCAACACACGCCGUGUCCAGCCCUUCCUCGCAGCAACAGCAGGCAUUGGCCUAUCAAGCGUGUCGUGAAGCUGCCCAUGCUAAAGCGGUGGGUUCACCAAAAGGAACGCCCUCCAAUGCUGCAAUGCCGCUUAGCAGCAGUAACUGUAAUCGGCUGCCGCCGUUGCGUGCCACACCGGUUAGACCAUCUUCUCCACAAUCGAUCAUUUCCAUAUCGUCUGAUUCCUCAGUAGCAUCAAGCCCAUCAUCUUCCUCGAGCUCGUCCCGCUGCGGUUCUGGCGACACCUCAGAUUCUGCCGCUGCUGGCAAGCAGCAUCAACAACAACAGCAACAGAACCAACAGCCACAAUCGCAGAAAACGAAAACGAAAUCGAAAUCAAAACAACCCGCCCCAGCAGCCACAACACGCCAUAAACAUCACACAGAUAAACAACAAUUACCACAACCACUACAAAAGAAUCAGCGGCCGCUGCGGCAAUAAUAAAUAUGGGAAUUACAUCCCCCCUGUCCCUACAACAACAACAAACAGCACUUUUAAUUGUGCCAUACUCAGCACCAAUCCCCAGAAUCCCUUUAACCGAAAACCGCAGCCGUCAAAUAUGUUCGCUUAUAAAGAUGCCGCAAAUAAUGCUCAUCUUUCCAAUAAUGUUGAUAAUGGCAACGGCUUUAAGACGUUAAUAGAGCUGAGCUCUUAUCAGAAGCAAAAACAACAGUAGCAGCUGAAGAAACAGAAGCAGCAGCAAGAUCCGCCAGAGCCACCACACCAGCAACCGUUUGGAGGAAGCAUGCGUUUUUAUCCGUAUCAACAAAUGUUUACUCCGCAUGAAACGGGCACGGGCGUGAGUCCCAGAAAACGACCACGGUGCUGAUAUACAGAUAUACACACAUAACAACAGCAACAUCAAUACUGGAUGAACCUUAAGUUGAAAUAAAAAGUCAACACAACCAUAGCUACAACAUGGAAGACAGACUCAUGGAGCAACACACGCACACACACACACACACCGAGACAUACACACAUACAGUCACUCCACACUCUGCUCAUGAACAAACUUACUGUAGCGCGCCAAAGAACCUUGUGGCCAUGAAUCUGAAAGAGAUAACAAUAUAGGCACAUGAAACGGAGCAAGUGACGACAUCCCGUUAAGUUGAUUGCGGCUAGAGAGGCGCUUUUGGCGGCAUUUGGCGUUUCAAGAUAUCCCCACCCCCUCCUCACCCAUAGCUUCUGCGAUUCGCUCAUAUCUCAUUUUUUUCCAUUAUACUUAUAAGUUGUAAAUGAGUUUGCAUUUUAGGAGUUUACACACACUCACACACACACAUCCACUAUUUUAGACAUUAUACUCUGAACCAAAAAAUCCAAAACGCCAUUUUUCAUAUAAUAUAUUAUACAUUAAAACUAUUUAAAAAAAAAAAAGAAGGAAAAGUAAACAAAAAAAUAUUCAUGUAUACUUAUAUUUAGUGAACUGUAUGUACUCGCGUCUGAUUAUGAAUAAUCAAACACACAUACUAAUAUUAAAUCUAGUAGAAAUCAUAUUGUUGUUGUAUAUGCAGUCUCGCUGGCGCAUGCCCCCUUCGUAUGUGCGCGAAGCUCGGCGUCUUGCGAUCACAGCCUAACCAUGAUAAAUGCUAAACGAAAGAAAGGGAAUACCAACAACAACAGCAACAAAAGCCUAGUAAUGUACUCUUUAACUACUUAUACGCUAAUUAAUACAUACAUACACACAUACACACCCAGAA